AGGAAUUCCCUAACAGAUGCCAUGCAUUCCAAAGCGAAAUUGACUAUUCAAGCGAGCAGAGAAUAUGAUAACGGACGUGUUGGGAUGGCUUCCAGUGUAACAUACCCACCGCUCAGGUUGAGUACAUGAUUGGGCUGAAGAAUGGCAGCACUUGCAAACCGAUGAUUGAAUGUCAAGUGAUUGAUCUUUACGACAGCAAAGGCAUUAAAAUUACUGGCGACUUGGAUGGCACAUUGGGCGGCUACACUGCCAUCCGCCUGCUGGGCGACAUUUUCGUGAUGGCCGCAUUGACGCUGCUCAACACCGCCAUCGUCAUUGCAGUGCGCGAGACAUCGGAGGGACGCGGUGAGGUAUGCCGUCAGUAUGUCUGGGGUGCGAUCGCUUAUGUGCCGCUCUUCUCGCCCAUCGAUUUGUUUGCCUUUUCGAGUGACUCGAAACACGACGCCGCACUGGUGGCACUAAUACUUGUCAUUGUGUGUCUGCUCAUCGGUGCAUUAGUGCUGCUGUUUGCCUCGCAAAUGCCGCUUAGCCCGCCGGAGUGGUGGGGUGGCACACAAAGACCGGCAUGCUCGUCUAUCCCAUGUCGGCAAUACGUCGCUAUAGCCCUGAAAUAUUCGUGCUUACACUUGUCGCCAUACUAUUCGGCACAUUCUGGAGCUGCAUUCACAGUUUUCUCAUUUGGACAUUCAGCGAUACGUAUGCGGUCACCUAUUCUGGGUUGAUUUUGGUGUUGGUGCUGUUCUUCAAUGUCGACAAAUUCAUCGAAUAUUGUGGACAUUCGAAUAUCUUUAUCGGCGGCUUUGCGAU